AUGGCCGAUACAGUUAUCCAGCCUCAACACGAGGUGGUCAAUGCCGGAAACAUGGAGCUCAAGGACAACACCAUCAUUGUUGUUCUCGGCGCCUCUGGUGACUUAGCCAAGAAGAAGACUUUCCCAGCUCUCUUCGGCCUUCACCGAAACAACUUCCUCCCCAAGAACAUCAGCAUCGUCGGAUAUGCGCGGACCAAGAUGGACCGCGAGGAAUACCUCAAGCGCGUCAAGUCGUACAUCAAGACCCCCACAAAGGACCUGGAGAAGCAGCUGGACGAAUUCUGCAACUUCUGCACCUAUGUCUCGGGUCAAUACGACCAGGACGACUCAUUCAUCCAGCUCGAGAAGCACAUGCAAGAGAUUGAAAAGGGCCGCAAGGAGACCAACCGCGUCUUCUACAUGGCUCUUCCUCCCAGUGUCUUCAUCACAGUUUCUCAGCACUUGAAGCGCAAUUGCUACCCAAAGAGCGGCAUUGCCCGUGUCAUUGUCGAGAAGCCAUUCGGCAAGGAUCUCCCAAGUUCAAGAGAGUUGCAAAAGGCAUUGGCUCCAGACUGGUCUGAAGAUGAGCUCUACCGAAUUGACCAUUACCUGGGUAAGGAGAUGGUCAAGAACAUUCUCAUUCUUCGAUUCGGUAACGAGUUCUUUGGCGCAACCUGGAAUAGGAACCACAUCGACAACGUUCAGAUCACCUUCAAGGAACCUUUUGGCACCGAAGGACGAGGAGGUUACUUUGACGAGUUUGGCAUCAUCCGUGAUGUCAUGCAGAACCAUUUGCUGCAAGUACUAACGCUUCUUGCUAUGGAGCGACCAAUCUCCUUCUCAGCCGAAGACAUCCGUGACGAGAAGGUGCGUGUCCUCCGUGGCAUGGCCUCCAUCGAGCCCAAGAAUGUCAUCAUCGGACAAUACGGAAAGUCGCUGGAUGGAACGAAGCCAGGCUACAAGGAGGACGACACGGUGCCCAAGGACUCGCGAUGCCCCACCUUUGCUUCCAUGGUCGCUUACAUCAAAAACGAGAGGUGGGACGGUGUGCCUUUCAUCCUCAAGGCCGGAAAGGCUCUCAACGAGCAAAAGACCGAGGUCCGCAUCCAGUUCAAGGAUGUCACUUCGGGUAUUUUCAAGGACAUUCCCCGUAAUGAGCUUGUCAUCCGAGUGCAGCCCAACGAGAGUGUCUACAUUAAGAUGAACUCCAAGCUGCCCGGUCUCAGCAUGCAGACCGUUGUCACAGAGCUUGAUCUUACCUACAGGCGGCGAUUCUCCGACCUGAAGAUCCCAGAGGCAUACGAAUCGCUCAUUCUCGACGCGCUCAAGGGCGACCACUCCAACUUUGUUCGUGACGAUGAGCUCGAUGCUAGCUGGAGGAUCUUCACUCCUCUGCUGCACUACCUGGACGACAACAAGGAGAUCAUCCCCAUGGAGUACCCAUACGGCUCUCGUGGUCCCGCCGUAUUGGACGACUUCACUUCUUCUUAUGGAUACAAGUUCAGCGACGCAGCAGGAUACCAAUGGCCAAUGAACGAGCAGAAGUUGUAG